AAACAAGGCUUUCUCCUUCAAUAAAACCUUGAACUUCUUCAAAACCUUGGCCACAAUUCUUCUCUCAUAUAUCUAAUCUCUCAAUUUUUUUUUUCUCAUUCAUCGAAUCUCGAAAAUUGCAGCAAUAUCACACCCAUUUAGUUUCGAUCACACUCCGUGAAAGGAAUUAGGAAUUUCGAUUCCUUUGUUGGUUUUUCUUUAAUUCUCAUCACUCAAUAAGUUUUUUUUGGAUGAUCAAUCGAAUAAGUCUCUGAUUGUAACCAAAAGCUGUUGAUCGAUAUGGCGUCGCCGGCACCAGCGAAAUUACAACUUCUACACAACUUCUCGUUAACACAUCUGACGUGGAACAACAAUCGCAGCGGUCGCAGCAAACUCGCCGGAGAAGUCUCCUCUACAUCACCACCUCCGUCCACUCCAUGGCGUGAAUCGCCGCCGUUGAAGUCGCAUACUCAUGCUCCUUCUCAUAGGCGUCAAACAUCACCGUCAAGUGUUUCACAGCGGCCAUCGCUUCUUCACAAGCAAUCGCCGAUGCGUGAUUUAGAGUUCGAGGCUAAUCUAAACUACGAUGCUUCACAGUUUAUGGAAAAAACGGAUAAACGAAUAAUGUCCGAAUCAUCUACGAAAUAUGUUGAAAACAAUAACAGAGGGAGAAGAUCUAACAAGAUCUCUAUUCGUUUCCGGGAAAACAGCAAGCAACACGACGGCGUCGCGGAAGAAAAUCGCUCAUCCACACCAAUGGAUGAUUCCAUUCCGCCGCAAGCAGCGGCAUCAGCAGAAGAUGAAUCAUUGCCGAAGACCUGGAAUUUGCGGCCGAGAAGACCGCCGAUGAACCACAAACAAUCUACUGGUGGCCCGCCGAAGAUCGGCACAUCACGAUUGCAAGAGAUUAAAACUUCUCACGAGACUAAUAUCGACAAACAGUUAUCAGAACUGAAUACUAACAAUAACAGCGAUCCGAGGAAGUCGAAGAAGCAGAAGUUUUCGAUUCCGCUUUCCCGUUGUGAGAUCGAAGAGGAUGUGUUCUUGUUGACCGGAUCAAAGCCGUCUCGGAGGCCAAAGAAGAGACCAAGGGCCAUUCAGAGACAACUUAAUAAUCUUUUUCCUGGUUUGUGGCUCGACUCCAUUACUGCUGAUUCAUACAAAGUAUCUGAAGCUCCUACAAAGGGAUAGAUAUAGGUUAUAACAGUUUGAGGGUUAUCAAUCUUUCUUUCUUUUUGGUGGAAGUUGGAAGGCUCGGAUUCUUUGGAUGUUGUUUGAAGGUGCAAUAAAACCAAAAUUUGACUAGAUUAACGGGUCGGGCGGGUGUAUAUAAUCGGAUCUUUGUGUUAUGGUUCCUUUAUCUUUUUAUAAGCUUAAUAAAAUGGCCGAAGACUUUCCUACAAUGAUACAUGUUACAUUCUUAUCAUAUUAAAAAUUGAGAUAAAUACAAGAAAUAGGAAUGUACCAUGUAAUGUUUCCUUAUUAUGGCAGUGUACUUUUCAUAUUAUAUCUUAUUAAGGCAUUGUGUGUUGAUGUCCUCAUGGACUCGUAUAGCAAC